AUGUCAGCAAGUGGAAAAUGUAGUAAAAUGCGACCACGAUUUGAGAUGCUCAAAUCGAUGAGCUAUCAAAAUUCCAUCGAUGUCACCAAUAAUGAAAUGAUCCAAGAAGCAUGCGAACGUCUGGUGCUCAGCGAUCAGCAGUUGCGGCGAAUUAUGGUGCUCAUGGAGAAAAGUAUGGAGCAGGGGCUCUCCGGAAAGAAGGCGGCCGUUAAGAUGCUGCCAACGUAUGUGGAUGCGGUGCCGAAUGGGACAGAGAAAGGCGACUUCCUUGCUCUGGAUUUGGGCGGUACGAACUUCCGAGUGCUUCACAUCAAGCUCGAGGGAAAAGAGACAAAAAUGACGGGAAAGAUUUUCCGCGUCCCCGAGAGCAUCAUGCGAGGAACUGGAGAAGCGCUCUUCGACCACAUUGCCGACUGUAUGGCCAAAUUCAUGGAGGAGAACAAUUUGAAGGACGCGACGAAGCUCCCGCUCGGCUUCACAUUCUCAUUCCCAUGCGAACAGGACGGUUUGACGCGCGGAAAAUUAGUGACCUGGACGAAGGGAUUCAAGGCAUCGGGUGUCGAAGGAGCCGACGUCGUCACCCUGCUGCGCGACGCGUGCCAUCGCCGCAAAGACAUUGACAUUGACGUCGUGGCGCUUCUCAACGACACCGUCGGCACCCUGAUGGCGUGCGCGUUCCAAGAGAAUACGUGCCAGAUCGGCGUCAUCGUGGGCACAGGAACCAACGCGUGCUACAUGGAACGUCUGGACAGAAUCCCGAAGCUAGCCGGAUACGUGGAUGAGCACAAUGUGACACCUGAGGAAAUGAUUAUCAACACGGAGUGGGGAGCAUUUGGAGAUGACGGCGCGUUGAGCUUCCUGAGAACCAAAUGGGACGACGCUGUGGACCGAGAGAGCAUCAACCCCGGACAGCACCUCUAUGAGAAGAUGAUUUCAGGAAUGUACAUGGGAGAAUGCGCAAGAGUAGUUCUCGAGGAUCUGGCGAAGCAGGGUCUUCUGUUUGGCGGACACUCUGACGCCAUCUCGACGCCUCACUGCUUCCCAACAAAGUUUGUCUCGGAAAUCGACAGUGAUCUGUUGGAGGACGACGACAGAACGUUCCAGAAGACGUAUCAGAUUCUGGAGGACAUUGGUGUCGAGAUGAUCACGGCCAAUGAUUGUGCCAACGUCGCCUACGUGUGUAGUUUGAUCUCGACACGGGCCGCGCAUCUCACCGCAGCCGGAAUCGCAAUGCUGCUCAAUCGGAUAAACAAGAAGCAUGUGACGGUGGGGGUUGAUGGAUCGGUGUACAGAUUCCAUCCGACGUAUCCGACACUGCUGGAUGCGAAGAUUGCCGAGUUGAUUGUGGGGGAUAUUGAGUACAAACUGAUGCUCUCCGAGGAUGGAUCUGGCCGUGGAGCAGCUCUUGUCGCCGCCGUCGCCACACGUCUCAAGGAGGAGAAGCUCGCCGCCGCCGCCACCGCUUCUGAACGAUAA